GCCCCCUUGAUAGGUAGGUUUGGGUGUUUGAUUUCGGACUUCGCGUCACUUUAUUGGAGAUUCUUUGGACUGCCUUCUCGACGCCUUUCUCUCCAUUCCUUCCCGUCCCAUUGCUCAGUUGCCUUUGAGCCCCUGAGGAAGCACUCCCAGGUCCCGUCCCGUCUCUCUCUCUCUCUGUCUCUUGGCUACCCCGGACGGCAAUUGAAAGGAUCGGCGGUUAACCGGCAUCCCAACCCAACUCUCAAACACCUUCCACCCACCUCAGCUACACUACAACUACAGUAAACCAAGUAGACCGGGCCAUCAUCCCGCCCUGGGCCGACCCGACCGACCGACCGACCGCUGGGGCUUUCCAUCCCGUUCGUCGCUUCUUCCUCCUCCUCCUCCUCCUCCUCCUCCUCCUCCUCCAAGCCUCCAACACCCGACUUCGAUCCCCUUGCAUCGUACAUACAGGAGACGUACCCGGUGCCUGGACAACUUGGACCGCCGCAUUGCAGUCGCAUCUCGAACAUCCUCGCGCCAUCGCGCAUAGAUAAAGCCCAACGGCAUUGCAUGGCGCCGCCCAACUAGACAUACCUAGUUCGCUUGCACGACACGACCAACAGAUUUGUUCAACUGUCUGUUUUUGCGUCUUCGCCUUCCCACGCUCUCUCGCCUUUUUUUGUAUAAUGUCUUGGACGACUUAGUUGUACUUCAAACGCAUACCAAACCAACGCCAGACUAAACAACCCGCUCUCUUGAAUACCUAAUACGACGAUACCCCAGGCGCAUAUACAACCUGCCUUACUACACCUAAACCUAAUAUAUCAUCAUCACCAUCAUCAUCAUGAAUGGAGCCGCAACUAGGAAAGGGGCGCCGCCUCCCCUCCAUGGCCUGGGGAGGUCCAUGACCGAGGGGUUCAACAAGCCGCGGUACACUCCCGUCAAUGAUGCCGACCGGCCCCGCAUCUCUGCGCUUGUCGACCUGGAUGACCCUAUCCAGAUCCACCUCUUGAUGGAAACCGCUUUGAGUGACAGCAAGCAAUGGGAGAUCCUGUCCCAAGAAGAGGUGGACGACCUGAAGAAACAAACCCGCUCCCUGACAAUACGUAUCGACCAGGCCCGCGCGAACCUCGCGAUCCAGACAAAGUACCGCGAUGCCGCCGUAUCCAUGGCCCGACUGUACAACCCAGGACCCAGGAGACACAGCUCCCGUGAGGACAUCGCUGCCGCGAGGGAGGCCGAGGUGGAGAAGCAAAAUAGCGAGCGCCUUUGCAAUGAGCUUUCAUCCGAGCUUGCCUUGCUCGAGAACCAGCUGUUCAACUCCCAGCGCCGCCUACUACAACAUACCGCCGCCAUCUUGCAGUUGACGCAUGGAGCGAGAAGGAGAAAUGCGCAGACACCCAAUGGCCAGGUCUUCGGCAACUCGAUGAUGAUUAAUGGUAUGCCCGAGAGCCCCGAAAGCCUCUACACCUACACCAACUCGCGGGAUAGUAUCAGCAUGGAACCCAUUGGUGGUGAUGAUGGAUUCGACUGGCGGACAUUACACCCGUCGGAAGGAGGACCUGAGAGGUCGGUGAACCUUGCUCCUACUCCGGCGCCGGCUUUGACGAAUCUCGAAAUUCCACCAAAGUCGCCAAUCCGUGAGCAGACCAGCCAGUUGCGGGAGGAGAUGGAGCGGGUCAAGGAGGAGAACGAGAGACUCAAGGCUGCGGAGCAGAAGCUCAGGGAGACGGAGAACCAGCUCAGGGCCGGACAGCAGGAACUCUCAGCCGAGAACGACGCUAUUCGUACCGAGAUCAACGGUCAGAUCAGGCUGUUUGCGGAGGCCGAGCAAAGACUGGAGAUGAUGAAUCACAAGCUGAGGGAUGUAAUCACCGAGAUCAACCCGUCCGCCGACGCUAAUCUUGAUGAUCCUGAGCCAGCUGCCGGCAACGGCCAAACACUUCCUGUCCAACUUGCCUACCUGGAGCGCGGUCUUGACAUGGCCAUGCACGAGCAGCAACUGAGAUCUGCAGCCAUCAACAGGGACCUGGAACUUGCCGGUGAUGCCUCCGCAGCCACCCUGUCCCAAGCCGAAAAGCGCAUCGAGGCCCUGAACAGGCGUGCUCAUACCUUCCUGACGCAGACCAUUCCCGACAUCGGCACAGCGGCUCCUCCUACGGCCUCUGAAGGAUCCAUGGACGAGCAGCUCGACUACCUCGAGACCAUUCUGCGCACCAUCCGAGUUGAGAUGGGCCGCACACAAGGCUCGACCGCUAACAACAGUAAUGCCAACAGAUCCGACAGCGAGCAAGUCGAAGCCGUCCUCAUGGGUCUGUGGGAUAUCAUCCACACCGGCUUUGCAGAGAUUCAGCGCCAGAAGGCUGCUCGCCGCCAGAAGCGCCUGGAGAUGAACUUGGCCGUUGACGAGGAGGACGAGGAAUAUCUUUCCGGCAGCGACGAAGCCAUCGAUCCCAACGAGCAAUACUCUCUCCAGGGCUUCUCCGCCAAGGUACAAUGGCUCUAUGCUCAAGCCACCAGUCUCAAAGAGCAAAAGGCUGUGCUGCAAAGACAAAUCAAGCAGCAGCGCGAGCUCAACAACAAGAGCGGGUCAGAAAAGGAUGCCGAGCUCCGCGCCAAGAUGGAAGAACUCGAGAAGAUGCGCGGCCUCAUCGACGAUGCCGAGGCCCGUGUCCUCGAAGCAAAGGACAAGAUGGAGAACGCCCUCGAGCAAAUGGAGGCCAUGCAGCGCACCACCGCCGAGCGCGAAGAGGCCGCCAUGGCGCGCGGCGCGCAGCAGACGCAGGAUAAGCUCAUGGAGCGCAACGCCGUCAUCGCCAACCUCGAGAGCAAGUUCAACGACGUCUCCACUCGCCUGGCCGAGACGGAAGCGGAUGUGGUCGAUCUACAGUCCCAGCUCCAGCAAUCCGCCAAGGCCAAGGCGGCCGCUGAGAAGGCCCAGAAGGACGCCGAGGACGUCGUCGAGGGCUUGCGCAAGGAAAUCAAGGACAAGGACGAGGAGCUCGAGCGCAUGAACAUGAUGCUUGUCGAGAUCAAGAUGGAAAUGACCAUCGCCAAGGCCGAGCUUGACGGGGCCUACGGCUCACGCGCCGAGCGGGCCGCCCACGCAGCUGCCAUCAGCAACAAGAACGAGGUGGCCGAUCUGCAGGCGCAGGUGGCCAAGCUGAAGAUGGAGCUGGAGAGCACGCUCAAGGACUUUGAGGCCAUCACCAAGGAGUCGAUUGCCGCCGAGAAGGAGAAGCUCGACCUGGAGCAUAAGCUGGAUGACGCGACGCAGGCCAAGGAGUCGCUGGAGAGCGAGGUGGCGGAACUGAGAGAGAAGAUGGAGAGGGAGAUUAGCAGGCUCAAGGAGGAAUUGGAUAAGGAGCGUCUGAGACCACCGCCUAGUCCGGCGCUGAGCGCGGCGGGUAGUGCUGCUGGCGGAUUGUUGAGUCCGAGAAUGGGCGCGACGAUGCUCAGUGAGCAGUUUAGGGCGACGAUGAAGGAGGAGCGGAAGAGGUUCAAUGAGGAGAUGAAGGAGGAACUAGCCAAGCGUCGGAAGUUGGAGGAGGAGCUGCGUGCCUUGAGGAGGACAACAUCAACAGGUGGUCUAAGUCCAGGGUUGAAGAGUCCGGCUGAUCCCGGGGCACUUAGUCCUAGUAUGUCAUGAUGACCGGGCCCUCUGGAAUGAAGGCUUGGUUGGAUCUUGUUUAUAAACCAUUCUGAACGCAAAACCUUUUAUCUAACGAGAAACUUUACUUCUUUUUUUUCUCCUUCUUCUUUCUUCUUUCUUCUUCUUUUGCAUCAUUCAUAUUAACACCUUUCUCGACUUGGAUCGAUUGCAUGGACGGCUGCACAUUGCGGAUUGCGGAUGGGGAUGGGGGUUGCGGAUGGGGAUGGGCAUACCUACUUGUAGAUUGGAUGAAAGAUUUGGGGGGGGGGGGGGUGAGGGCAUGCAAAAUAGCAUCAUCAC